AUGACGGGCAAUUAUGCACAAUGUCAAUGGCCGAUAUGGCGCAUUGAUGACCUGUCGCCGUGCUUCAAGAAUCACUACCUAAAAGUUCUAAUACCCCUGACCGUAGUAGUCUUAUCUCUCUUCCAGAUCUUCUCCCACAAUAUUCGACAAGCCCUCAAAUCGAGACGAAGCGACGGAUACCAGUCCCUAGCCGAGACCCACCCGAAUACUGCUGAGGAGCACACUGCGCUUCCUCCGGACGAGGAUGUUGGUUCUGAAGAGGAAGAUGACGAUGACGAUCUUGAGAUCAACGGGGGCCGUCUUGCCCUCGUCAAGACCACCACAAAGGGCUCCAUCGUCCAGGCCGAUAUCCCACCUGCCGAGCGCUUGUCUGUCGUAAUCGAGGUCCUCGCUAUCGCCGGUCUCAUUGCCAUUAACUCCGUCUUUCUUCUCUCGGGUGCAGCUGGUGCGGAUACUCGCAUCGGUUCCAUCGCCGGCAUCGUCUUGUGGCUCUAUGUUCUCAUCCUCGCAAGCUUGCGCCUUUUCCUUGGAAACACCAAGUGGCGUGUUCCCAGACUAUGGAACCAUACUGCAACCAUCUAUUCCAUUCAAUGGCUCUUGUCAAUCGUCUUCUUUCGAUCCGCUUUCAUCCACCCGGCUUCGCAGCUGUCCCAGAUCCUCACUUUUGUCGAAUUUGGCCUCACCUCGCUUCUCUUCGUCAUGACCAUCACCACUCGCAAGGGUAACAAGACUGUCCUUUUAGAAUGGGAGAACGGAAUUGAACCCUCGCGAGAGCCUCUCGCCUCGCUGUUCUCCCUCGCCACCUUUACUUGGGUUGACCCGAUCAUCUGGAACGGUUUCAAGAACACCACUGAAAUGUCCAUGGUUUGGAACCUUCUUCCCAAGGACAAGGCCGCCGCUGUUCUUGCCGAUUACCGCACCAUGAAGAGGACCGGCUCGCUUGCAGUACAUCUUCUCAAAUACUUCAAGGGCCCCCUCAUCUACCAGUCGUUCAUGGCCGCCAUUUCCGGCGCGCUCACUUUCGCCCCGACACUACUUCUCAAGGCCAUCCUUCAGUAUGUCGAGAACCCCGACAUCGCCCCCAUCAAUGUCCUCUGGCUAUACGUCAUUCUCCUGCCCCUGGUCGAUGUUGUGCGCUCCAUUGCCGAUGGCGUUGCCCUCUGGGUUGGCCGCAAGAUUUGCAUCCGCAUUCGCGCCAUCAUUGUCGGGGAAAUUUAUGCCAAGGCUCUACGUCGCAAGGCAGCAACUACCAAACACUCCGUUCUGGGAGAGGAAAAGAAACAGAAGAAGGCCGACGACUCGGCCGACGAGGACACCGGCGUCAUUGCCAAGGCAAAGCGUGCCCUGGGUCUGAAAAAGAAGAAGAAGGACAGCAACACAGCCAAUGGCAACGCAUCCGGUGAAAGUAGAGACGAUAAGAAUGAUGAGAAGGAUUCAUCCGAUGAGCAGGCUAACCUCGGUACAAUCAUCAACCUCAUGUCCGUAGACAGUUUCAAGAUUGCCGAUAUCACCGCCUAUCUCCAUUUCCUCUGCGCCAUGGCCCCUGUCCAGCUCAUUUUGGCCGUGGUGCUUCUCUGGCAAGUCAUGGGCCUUAGUUCCAUCCCCGGUCUUAUUGUCAUGGUUAUUCUCCUCCCCGUCAAUUACCUCUUCGCUCGCGGCUUCGCCACGACCUCCAAGAAGAUUCUCAGCGCCACCGACAAGCGCAUGAACAUUACCAACGAGGUCCUCCAAAACAUUCGAAUCAUCAAAUUUUUCGCUUGGGAGUCGCGCUUCAGCACCAUAGUCGAUGAGAAACGUGCCGUUGAGCUCAAGGCCCUCCGCUCGAGGUACGUGCUGUGGGCAUGCGCCGUGGCGGUUUGGAAUUCUGUCCCCAUUCUCAUCACGUUCUUUUCUUUCCUCGUCUACACCAUGAUCGAGAAGAAGCCGCUGUACCCUUCCGUCGCCUUCACUGCCAUUUCUCUCUUCAUGCUUCUCCGAGUCCCUCUCGACCAGUUUGGCGACAUGAUUGCCCACGUGCAGGAAACCAAGGUCUCUCUCGACCGUGUGGAGGAGUUCCUCACCGAGGCCGAGACCGAAAAGUACGAGCAGCUCGGCACCGAUAAUGUUGACGAGGAAGGAAACAAGACUAUCGGCUUUAGGGAUGCCACGUUCAUCUGGGGAGGCAAGAACGAGGUCAACGAUGAUGGGUCGCAAGCCUUCCAGCUUCUCGAUCUCGAUGUGAAGUUCGAAAUCGGCAAGCUGAACCUUAUCUCCGGCCCUACGGGAGCCGGAAAGUCAUCGAUGCUCAUGGCCCUGCUCGGAGAGAUGACCCUCGUGGACGGCCGUGUGUUCUGUCCUGGAGGCAAGAGUCGUGAGGAGGUGCGGCCCGACCCCGAGACCGGACUUGCAGAUACCAUUGCGUACGCGGCCCAGUCCCCGUGGCUCGUCAACGCCAACAUCAAGGACAACAUUCUCUUCUCCGCACCAUUCGACGAGCAGAGGUACAAGGAUGUCAUUGUUGCCUGCGCGCUUGAGCACGAUCUGGAAAUCCUGGACGAGGGCGAUCAGACGCUUGUUGGUGAGAAGGGUAUCUCGCUCUCCGGUGGUCAAAAGCAGCGCAUCUCGUUGGCCCGCGCUCUCUACUCCAACUCCCAGCACGUCCUUCUCGACGACUGUCUCAGCGCUGUUGAUUCUCACACAGCCAAGUGGAUCUUCCGCAAUUGUAUCACCGGUCCUCUAAUGAAGGGCCGCACUUGUGUUCUUGUUACCCACAACAUCCAACUCUGUGCUCCCGCCGCCGACUUUAUCGUUGUUCUCGACAACGGUCGUAUCACUGUCCAAGGUUCUGCGAAGGACGUCAUCACAUCCGGUGCGCUCGGUGAAGACAUUCAGAAGACUAGUUCCUCUUCGCCAACCACGUCGCACAUGCCUUCCCGAGUACCUUCUAGCGUUGGUGAGGAGAGUAACGAGACUGCGGUUGACAAUAUCGGAGGAGUUAGCGCAAUAAAGCCGGACACCGACAAGAAGAAGGACAAGAAGGAAAAGAAGAAGGACGCCAUGGCCGAGAAGAAGGCCGAGGGAUCCGUCCAGUGGCCGGUCCUGAGCCUCUACUUGCGCUCCAUGGGUCCUUGGUGGUUCUGGGUCAUCGCGCUCUUCGUGUUCGGCAUCCAGCAGAUGAGUGCAGUCGUCACCAACUUCUGGGUCAGAGAAUGGAGCAACCAGUACAAUGUCGAGGGUGGAGCGGAUGCAUCUGGAUCUUUCUAUGCGUCGUCCUUCUCUCUGAAGCCCCAGGAAGCUUCGUCGGGCGCUUUGUCGAUCAACUCUGCCCACGCUGCCGUUUCUUCGUGGAUCCAGAAGGCCAACUCCGUCACGCUGCUCUCCAUGGUCGCUCCCGAAGUCGACGCUGUCUACUACAUCACCGUUCUCGCCCUGAUCGGCAUCGCUGGUGCGGUAGCCGCUUUCAUCCGAGACGUUUGGAUCUUCUACGGUUCUCUCACGGCUUCGCGCAAGAUCCAUACCGAUCUGAUGAAUUCGGUCUCUAAGGCCAAGUUGAAGUUUUUCGAUGUCACGCCUUUGGGCCAGCUCAUGAACCGAUUCAGCAAGGACCUCGAGGCCGUCGAUCAGGAGAUCGCUCCUAUCGCUAUCAGCGUUUUGUCUUGCGCCCUAGGUAUUAUUAUUACCAUUAUCGUCAUUUCCGUGAUUACCCCUCUCUUCCUUAUCGCCGGUGUCUUCAUCACCCUGGCAUUCUGGUUCGUAGGAGCUCUGUACCUCAAUACGUCUCGCGACCUCAAGCGUCUAGAAUCGGUGCAGCGAAGCCCAUUGUUCCAGCAAUUCGGCGAGACCCUGACCGGUAUGACGACCAUCCGUGCCUACGGGGAAGAGCGACGAUUCAUCAGGGAGAAUCUUGCCAAGAUCAACACGCAGUCCCGUCCGUUCAUCUACCUCUGGGCCUGUAACAGAUGGCUGGCAUUCAGGUGUGAUAUGCUCGGCGACCUCGUCUCGUUCUUUGCUGGUGUGUUUGUGAUUCUCAGCCUCGGUAAAAUCGAUCCCGGUGCGGCAGGUAUCUCCUUGAGUUACGCUAUUUCCUUUACCGAGAACAUCCUGUGGCUCGUCCGUCUCUACGCCAUGAACGAACAGAACAUGAACUCAGUCGAGCGUAUCAAGGAAUACCUCGAGGUUGAGCAGGAGGCGGAUGCCAUUAUCGAAGACAACCGACCCCCCAAGGGCUGGCCGAGUGAGGGCUCCGUUGAGUUCAUUAACUACACCACGAGGUACCGAGAGGAACUCGACCCCGUGCUGCGCAAUGUAUCGUUCAAGAUUAAGCCCCGUCAGAAGGUAGGCAUUGUCGGACGAACUGGUGCCGGAAAGAGUUCGCUUGCACUUGCCAUCUUCCGUGCCCUCGAGGCCGAGAACGGCAGAAUUGUGAUCGACGGUGUGGACAUCGGUCGCAUCGGUCUCCAAGACCUCCGUCAAGCGAUCACCAUUGUGCCGCAGGAUCCCACGCUCUUUAUGGGCACCCUCCGCAGCAACCUCGACCCCUUCCACGCCUUCACAGAUGAGGAGAUAUUUGACGCUCUUCGCCGAGUCCACUUGAUUGGGUCAGAUUCCCCGCCCACUACUCCUGCUCCCAGGAGUAGCCUCCUUCUCCCCGAUACGCCGACGAUUGUCGCUCCCAACGACGAUGAUGAUGACGAGACGGUGAGUGCGAACGGAACGGCCAACAAGACGGCCAUCAGUGGAGCCACCACGCCUACGCUUGCCACAAACAAGAACAUCUUUCUCGACCUCUCCUCGCAGGUUACCGAGUCUGGAAACAACCUCUCGCAGGGUCAGCGCCAGCUGCUCUGCCUCGCCCGCGCCAUGCUCCGGCAUCCCAACGUGCUUGUGAUGGAUGAGGCUACGGCGUCCAUCGACUACGCCACGGACUCGAAGAUCCAGAAGACGAUCCGCGAGCUCACGAGCACCAUCAUCACCAUUGCUCAUCGUCUGCAGACCAUUGUGGAUUACGACAUGGUUCUCGUGCUCGACAAGGGUGAGGUCGUGGAAUACGCCCACCCUUACGAGCUCCUGCAGAAGGAGAAGGGAUCGUUCAAGGCCAUGUGCGAGACGAGUGGGGAGUACGACCUUCUUCUGAAGGCGGCCAAGAAGGCGUGGCAAGGCGGAGAACUGAUUGACGUGGAAGAGGACGAUGAUGGCCAGACUAGGUGA